ACUUGAAAUACUUUGCACGCUGACAACCAGGGCGGAACUUUGAAUAGACACCUGUUUUCCACCCGGACCGCAGCAGGCCGAACACCAACGUGCCACAUGUAAACAAAGCGGGGAAGUUGAGUGAAAGCCUCGUUAUCAGAGAUGUAGUUAUUUAACACGUGUUGUUAACAUGACGGACAUUUUAAACCUGGUGUUCAGGACCUUUGCUUCACCCGCGGAGCUCCGGGCGUCUCCUCCUGCACCGGUUCCCCGCUGCAGCACCCUCCUGCUCGGGGAGAACAGCGUCAGCCGCUCGGUGCUGCUGCUCGCGGCCGUGACCGCCGCCUCCCACCCGGGGCUGAGGGUCGUGUUCUUCACCCGGACCCUGAUCCGGAGCCUCCCGGCGUCUCUGCAGAAACUCGUCCCGAGUCCAGAGAGUCUGAAGAAAAUCCAGUUCUGCUACCCCCGGACGGUGGAGGAGCUGCUGCAGCAGGUGGCCGCCCUGCACGAGUCCCCCAGCACGGCUCCUCCCUCCCUGAUCAUCGUGGACGGGCUGGAGGGCUUCCUGCUCGGCUCCAGAGGUGGCAGCCACAGAGAGCUUCACCCGGGGGGGCAGUCGUGUGCUGCCCACCUGUCUGCGCUGCUCUGUGACACCGCUGCCUUUCUCACAGGCGUCCUGGAGCAGCGCUCCUCCAGCUCCGGCCCCUGUCGCGUCAUCGCCUCUUUCCAGUCGGAGGUCGACGCUGGACCAGCGAGCAGGGAGCCGCUUGCCUCAGAUCCCAUCCUUGAUAUCCUCGAUCGCUACUUCCAGGUGCGCUGCACUCUGGACCCGGACGGAGGAUAUGAAGCGGCAGCAGCUGGACUGCAGCAGGUGUGGCACGUUUACCUUUCAGGCCGAGGCAUCACAGAGGCAUCGUGUUCUAAAGACUGUGGGGACGGGCCCGCUGUGACCCGGGAGUGGAAGCUGUUGCUUCUUCCCAAUGGUUUGAUGGAGUUUAAGGUGGUUUGAAUCAUCUGUAUCAAGACCUUUAGCAGUUAGACAUUUGUAUUUGUUGACUCUGGGAUUGUUUCUGCUCAGAGCAAAUGCUACUUUUCAGCAUUUUGUCACAGUGACAGUGAGACAUGUUAAAGUUGAACAGGCCUUCGUCUCUGUUCGUCUUUAUGUGUUUUCAUUUAUUUCAUGAAGCAUUUCUUGACAUUUUCUGAUUGCUCAUCGGGUUCAAUGAUAUGUAAGGUCAUGUAUUUAUGUGCUGUUCAACCUCUUGGUUAAAAUUUAAAUGGACCACAAUGGUUUGUAAAUGAAAAAUGUUUAAUGAGUUAAACUUUGAAAUGAUACACAGAAGUAAAAUGUCAAAAACACACUGUAUAUUCAAAUAAACAUAUAUUUUAUAUAUAG